AAACAUAAAAUUUAUUUUUUAGUUUAAUAAAAACAAUCACAAUUAAAAAUGGAAAUUUAUGCAUUUGUACCAUUAGGUGUUUUAACACUCGUUUGUGUUUUAUUUUCACUCCUUUUCAAAAAGGAAAAACUCACCAUUUUUUGGUUACUCUGGUCGGGUCUUAUUCACAUUAUUCUCGAAGGUUCAUACGGUUUCUUUGCUCAUGAAGUUACUAAAGCCAGUACUGUUACCUUCACUGAAAAAAUGUUAGAAAUGAUUCCAUUAGAAAAAGCCUUCGAUUUACAUUGGUACGCCUCAUUAUACUCACAAUACGCCAAAUACGAUUUAAGAUACGCCAUUCAAGAUCCAAUGGUUGUCUUCUUCUGUUUCAUGGAAUUAGUCCAAGGUGCCUGUUGUUUCAUUUUAGCCUUAUGUGUUAUCAAAGAAGCCAAGAUUCGUCACGCUCUUCAAAUCUUCUUAUGUUCAAUUCAAGGUUUAGGUACUGUUUUCUAUUUCAUCACCCCAUACAUCUAUGGUGUUUGGAAUGAACAAAUCUCAUCAGAUCCAUUCGAACUCUGGGUUUACGUUGUCGGUCUCAAUGGUCUUUGGUUAUUAGUUCCAAUCAUCUUAACCAUCCAAUCUUUCAUUGCCAUCUCAAAUCAAUUCUCUGUUCAAUUACCAAAUACUAAAUACAUUAAAAAAUCAACCAAACCAAAAACUGCUUAAAUAAUAACAAUAGCAGUAAAAAUACCAAUUAAGAAAAUUUUGGAUAUUUGUAAUCACAGUUUCAGAUUUAAAAAAAAAUAAUAAAUGGUAUUUUAGAUC